AUGCUCAAGAUUUUGACCGUCCUUCUCUUGUGCGGCCUCCUGCCCUUCCAAGAAGCCACAGCGCAAGAAGGAACUCCUCUGUCGGUCGAGAUCAAUCUCAAAGAACUUGAAAGAAUACUCUCUGAGCUGAUGAAUGGACUCUUGGGAGGACUUGGAGGAGGAGAGCAAGGAAGUUCAACUGGUGGCACCUCGGACAAACAAAACGGUCUGCUGGGAGGUCUCCUUGGGCGGCGAAGAAGAGCUCUGCUUGGAGGUGUCUUGGGAGGCCAGGGCAAUCUACUUGGAGGUGUCUUGGGAGGCAAUGAAGGUCUGCUUGGAGGUCUCUUGGGAGGCCAGGGCAAUCUGAUUGGAAAAAUCUUGGGAGGCAAGGACGGUCUGCUUGGAAAUCUCCUGAAUCUGCUGAAUUUGAAGAUUGCGGAAGCCAAGCUACUGGACCUCAAGCUGAAAACCAUCCCAGGUGCUGGACUUGAGCUGACACUCCGCAUCAGACUGGAAAUCCUGAGCAACUCCAAGUCUUCUGGGCCUCUGGCUGAACUUCUGCAUAUUCUUGUGGACGUUGACGUCAAAGCCUCUCUUCAGAUUGAGAAAGACAAGUCUGGAGCGCUCAAGCUCGUGAUUAAGGACUGUUUGACCGACCCGGUUCACAUUAAGCUCUUGUCUGGGACCCUGCUGGGGAAUGUGGUUGACCUCCUCUCCAACGCCUUGAAUCAAAUCCUUCCUGGUGUGCUGUGUCCAACUGUAGAGCUUGUGCUGAAUCUCGUGAACACGCUUCUUGGCACAGGCAACAUCGCCCUGGGUAAUCCUGAUGGUCAAGCCCUUGGGACUCAUUUCCUUUGCUUGACUUUUGCAGCUGUCUCCAACUCCAUGGCCCAAAGCAAUGCCCUCCAAGGAGCCAUGACAGAUCUGCCAAUCGGAGGUGGUGGUGAUGGUGGUGGUGAUGGUGGUCUACUAGGAGGCCUCCUUGGUGGUGGUGGUGGUGGUGGUGGUGGAGGAGGAGGAGGUCUGCUAGGAGGUCUUACAGGGGGCUUACUUGGGGGAGGAGGGGGAGGACUGCUUGGUGGCCUCACUGGGGGCUUGCUUGGAGGGGCAGGAGGGGGUGGUGGUGGUGGGGCUCAGAGGCUGGGGGGCUACAGAGCUCCAGGUGCUGCUGGUGGCAAUGGUGGAGGUCCUGGUGCUGGUGGGCUGCUGGGGCCAGGAGGCCUGUUGGGUGAUGGAGGUCUGCUUGGCACUGCAGGGAUACUUGGUGGUGGUGGUGGUCUCCUUGGGAAUGGAGGUCUACUGGGCAAUGGAGGCCUCCUGGGUGGAGGCGGCAUCCUGGGCAUCCUUGGAGAAGGAGGUCUACUUUCCACGGUCCAAGGGCUCACAGGGUUACGGAUUGUGGAGCUGACUCUUCCCAGGAUAAACCUGAAGCUUGUACCUGGAAUCGGGGUCCACCUGGAUCUGUACACCAGGGUGGCUCUCAAUGGCAAGAGCUUCCUGGGUUUGCUCGACAUUGCGGUGGAAGUGAACAUCACAGCAGUUGUCCGACUGACCAUGGAUGGGACCGGAUAUCCCAGAUUAGUGAUUGACCACUGUGAUACCCUUCUUGGAGGGAUCAAAAUCCGACUCCUCAGAGGCCUGCUUCCAAUUGUGGACCAUUUAUUGGCACGCAUCCUUAACAGGCUUCUUCCAGAUCUGCUUUGUCCUGUCAUUGAUGUUGUCCUUGGUCUCGUCAAUGAUGAGCUGGGAUUCGUGAACACUCUAGUUCCCCUUGGUUUGAUAGGAAGCAUCCAGUACACUGUUUCCAGCCUUCCAAUCAUCACAGGACAGUUCCUGGAGAUCGACUUAAAUACCAUAGUAGGGGCUGUGGCUGGACCUCUCCUGGACUAUCCACUGGGCAAGCCAGAAUCCGUUCCUUUGCCUGCAAGGGUGCCCAUGCCCCCAUUACCACCAAUGGAUGAGACCACCUACUCCCAGCUGGGACUCUCUGUCAAUUUCCUGAGAGCCGUCAUUGCCCUCUUGCAGAAACAAGGAGCUCUGGACAUUGAAAUCUCCGAUGGGAUGUUCCCUGAGCUUCCUCCCCUGAUAACCUCAACACUUGGAGCAUUGAUUCCUGCAGUUUUCCCAAAGUUCCCAGAGCCUCGUCCUCUGCUUCUGAAGGUGACGGUUGCUGAGGUCCCCUCCGUGAUGCUGAAGAAAGACAAGGGCCUGAUCCAUCUCAAAGCGACUGCAGAAGUCCUGGCUUCCAAGCCCAAUGACGAGUACCAGUCUCUCUGUGUCCUAAACAUUGAUUGUUCUUUGCUGGCCAAGUUUUCUGUUGAAGACAACAAGCUGAAAAUCAAUGUCAGUCUUGACAAGACCCAUCUCUCCCUGGCAUCUUCAAACCUGGGGAAAUUCGAUGUCAAGCUGUUGGAGGGACUGGUAGACAAGAUCAUUGACAUUGCAUUUCUCCCUGCAAUGAACGGCAUCUUAAGUGGAGGCAUUCCUUUGCCCAAGUUGCUGGACACAGACUUCAACAACGCAGACAUCGAUGUCAUUGAAGAUCUGCUUGUGCUGUCUGCGUGAGGCGCUGAGAAGAGGUUCAAAGAAGAGCAUGGAGACCCGUGAAGAAGACUCACACCUCCACUUCACUUGUCAAUCCAAAUAGAUUCCGAUGAGACCCGAUUCAUUUGGGGUGAACCUGGACUUGGUUUUGCAUGCUGGCGGUUUCAGACGUUGCUCCUGGCAUGUUAUGUUCAUGGUCCACUUUGCUGUAACCUUGUUGCUUUGAAGAGACAUUGAACAUUGAACGUGUGCAUGCAUGCUCAUGAUAUUUCUUGCAUGGUUACUUUGAAAUAAAAGUUUCUGCUUCUCCACUGCAUUUUUGGGAUGACUUGAAUGCCUUCUGAUGCAGCAGCACAUCAUAGAAUUCAUAGAAUCC